AGCUGAUGACGACUGGACAUGUUGCAGGACAGCAGGAGUGCGCAGCGGAGUUCCUCCUGUACAUGAUCAACCACGUCGCCCAGUUCAAGCCCGUGUCGCAGUCGCUGCAGAAGACGAUGGGGAUAAACUUCAAGAUCCACAUCUCCUCUGAGUCGAUGGGGAUGAGCAACGUCAAGCAGGAGGUGGACUGGAUGAUCCACUCUCCCAUCAGCGGGGACUCUCUGGAGGAUUGCCUGACGGACUACACGCGCACUGAGUCAGGCCUGCAAGUCGGAGACAAGCACGAUGGAACGCAAAGGACACUAGUGGAGUCCUGCGGGGAGUACCUUCUGAUCUGCCUCAAGAGGUUCAGCUUCCAGCAGUCGUCCAAGUCCUUCACCAAGGAGCGCAGGUCGGUUGCGGUCCCGCACACUUUCAACUUGAGCACCGUGCUCGAGGACGGACGAUCGGAGGCGUACGAGCUCAUCGGCGCCAUCGUGCACAUCGGAAGGGGGCUGGAGUCGGGGCACUACGUGGCCUACAGUCGGGUGGAUGGAGCUUGGUUAGAGAUGAACGAUGAGGUUGUCAAGGUCGUGCAGCAAUCCGAGCUGGACAAGACGCUGGAGGAGCAGGCGUACAUACUCUUGUACCGACAUGCCGUCGCGCAAGAAGACUCUAACGAGUGAGCCGCUAGAGUCUCUCGCUGUUUCUCGUGAUUGAUAAGUUGGGCCCGCUGGGUUUUAACGUACAUGAAUGAAGAUCAUUGCUUGGUG